AUGGCUUUCCGGUGCAUCAAUGCCUACCAUUUGAGCGACAAAUUCGUGCGGAAAGCCUUACUUAACCCCUCAGCCACUCAACACUACGUACGUAUAUACCCCCUCUUGGGUGGGGGCAGGGGUUACCCGCACCCCCUCCAUCCCGUGAAGCGAAACCUACGGCUUUUAGAGUCGACACACUUUUUGCCCAAAUUUAACGACUUGUUGAACGAGUUUCGGGUGUAUUUGUGCGCUAAGGGGGCGCCUCCUAAGGGCUUCGAGAAGUUCUUUGAGCCCAACGGGAGUCGCGCC